AUGGUGGACUCCGACACCAAAGCCUCUGCUCACUAUACUGCCGAAGAUAUAGGCACAGUCAUAGAGAUCGACCCCGAAAAAGAGAGAGCCGCUCUGAGAAAAUUCGAUAAAUACGUGCUGCCUGUUUCAGUUAUUUUCUUGGUAUUGUCCAGUCUCGACCGGAACAAUCUUGGAAAUGCCAGAGUCUUUGGCUUCGAUAAAGACAUCGGCCUCAAAGGUGGCGAGUUCGGCAAUAUCAAUACCCUUUCGAGUGUGUGUACUAUUGUCUUCGAACUUCCUUGGGUCUUGGCCGUCAGACGCUGGGGUGCCAAUAAAGCUAUCGGCACUGCUUUCGUCAUAUGGAGUGCCACUACACUUGGAACUGCAUUCAUCCACACUUAUGGCCAAGCUAUCGCUGUUCGUAUGAUCUUAAAUGCUGCCGAAGCAGGUCUUGCCCAAGGUUUCGCCUACCUAUUUUCUACCAUUUACCCUCGAGAGCUUGCAGGAAAGCGUAUCAUGACGACCAAUCUGGCCCAGUGCAUCUCUGGUGCUUUCGGCGGGCUCUUCGCUUACGCUGUUCAGACCAUGGGAACCAGACAUGGACUCGCAGCAUGGAGAUGGUUGUUCAUUGUUGAAUUCUGCAUAACAAUCUUUGUUGGCGGCGUUGGCUGGAUAUUCCUCCCGAAUUCUGCCGAAUCAGCAUGGUUUUUGAAUGAAGAAGAGAAAGAAACCAUGCGUCUGAAGAAGAUACGGGAUUUUGCACUCAGAGGAGAAGACAAGUUCGAACGCAAGUGGAUUAAGAUUGCUCUCACAGACCCUUUUGUCUGGCUUCUUGGCAUAGCUUUCUUCACAUCCUCUGUUGCUAUAAAUGGUUUCGGUGUUUUCCUACCUACUAUCAUUGCUGGUCUUGGAUAUGCAUCUCUUCGGGUCAACUAUAUGACCAUUCCAGUCUACGUUCUUGGCGCCACGUCUCUCAUAAUUCAAGUUUACUACUCGGAUAAGCUCAAACGACGGGGCGUUUUCAUCAUUGGGUGCUGCGUGCCCGUUGCAGUUGGAUAUCUUGUCUGCGUAGGGACUGCACAUCCCGGAGCAGGCUACGCUGGGAUGUUCAUACUCGUCUUAGGGCUCUACCCCAUUUCCACUUUGGCAGUCACUUGGAUAGCUACAAACUUAUCUCCAGAUACCAAACGUGCAAUUGGAAUGCCACUGGCAUAUUCGAUCGCAAAUGUAUCUGCAGUGGUAUCAUCGCAACUAUACCCCAGCCAACAAGGACCGCGCUACAUAGCUGGCAAUGCUAUCUCUGCUGGUCUCACAGUCGUUGCUGGGUUCCUCUAUACCGGAUGUUGGCUUUUGCUUAGACGCAGAAAUGCAAAGAAGGAAAAGCUUAUUGCAGAAGGAGCCACCACGAAUGGUUUGGAAGGAGAUAUGAGUCUUGAUACUAUGUACAUACUUUGA